GAAAUGUAAUCCCUUUUUGGCUGUUUUCUCCUGGAUUAGAUGCAGAUCAUGGAGCAGUCAGAGAGUGACCUUGAGAAGGGCUUUGCCAGUGAAAACAUGGGAAGCUCCAGCAGCCCUGUAUCCACUGAACCACAAACACAAAUGGAUGUCUACAAAGCCUGUAUAUAUAGACAUCCCCUCUUCCCUCUCUUGGCCCUGCUGUUUGAGAAGUGUGAGCAGUCUACUCAGGGCUCUACUCAGACCUCUGCCAGUUUUGAUGUUGACAUUGAAAACUUUGUACGCAGUCAGGAGAAAGAUGGCAAAGCCUUCUUUAGCGAAGACCCAGACCUUGACAACUUGAUGGUCAAGGCCAUCCAGGUGCUGAGGAUUCAUCUAUUAGAGCUAGAGAAAGUCAGUGACCUGUGCAAGGACUUCUGCAGCCGUUACAUUUCCUGCCUCAAGACUAAGAUGAACAGUGAGACACUACUGAGUGGAGAGCCAGGCAGCCCAUACUCUCCAGGCCAUGACCAAUUGUCCAACUCUUUCUCAGCUGCCCUCAGUCCCCAGGGCAUUGUGGUGCCCUCGCAAGGUCUUCAACAAGGCAAUAUUACAGUGACUGCAGUCAAUCCAUCACAAGUGGUCACAGGUAAUACAGUAUAUCAGCCAGUGACGAUAGUCACACCACAGGGGCAAGUGGUGACACAAGCCAUCUCACCUGGAACAAUACACAUUCAGAACUCACAGCUCCAGCUUCAGCUCAAUCAGGACUUGAGUUUCUUUGGGGGAGAUGACAGCUCACCUAAAAACAAGCGUAGUGUUCUUCCCAAACAGGCUACCAAUGUCAUGCGCUCCUGGCUCUUCCAGCACAUUGCGCACCCCUAUCCCACUGAGGAAGAGAAAAAGCAACUUGCAAUUCAGACAAACCUGACUUUACUCCAAGUCAACAACUGGUUUAUUAAUGCUCGAAGACGGAUCUUGCAGCCAAUGCUAGAUGCCAGCGCCACAGAGAUGUCUAAAACCAAGAAGAAGACUCUUGCUCAGAGCCGCCCGCUACACCGCUUCUGGUCUGACACCAUCGCCUCAUCUGGAACCCAGCAGCAACUCACAAUGCCAGACGGUAGUAUGGUUACAGUGGGGAUGAACGUCGAUGGCUUCCAGGCACUUUCAUCAGAUGGAGCAACUCUCGCCAUGCAGCAAGUCAUGAUGGGAAAUCACAGCGAGGAUGAAUCGGAGGAAAGCGGCAAUGAAGACGACGCAGAUUUGUCAUCUGCUGACAUGACCGGGCUGGGUUUAGAUGUUAGCGACUAAGACACACGGAUCGCAGGUCACACACUGCAUGCUUACAUUUACAUUGGAAAACUUGCACAUGACACUUGUGGCAAGAGAUCCAGUCCCCUCGUAGACUUUCAGCAAAGCUGAUACUUGUGCACUACAAAAAAAAAAAAAAUUAAGAGUACUGUAUGUUGGCUUAUGUAACACACAAACAGUUUACAGAGAGCACAACGUUACUGAAAGAUGCCGUGCGAGGAGUUGCAUUUCAGCACCUGGUUUUAUUGCGUAGACGUGCAGGUGCGUGCACUUUUAUAUAGAGACACUUCAAGAAGGUUGCAACAAUAGAAUGCAGAUGAACGUUUUUAAGCUUCUGUAGUGAAUGUUUGUAAUGAUUGUUUUCUAUAUUAACUCAUUUGAAUGCCAAGAUUUUAAGAGUUUGUCGUCGUGCUGUUUUAUUCACACUGCAUGUUCAUGUUUUCUUCAGUAUGCUCACGCUUGUAGAGAGGCUCCAAGACCGAGUUUGAGAAAAGAGAUUAUUAUUUUUAUAUAUGAACGUUGUAAAAA